AUGAUUAUGAAAAACACGCUCCUCGCCGUCGCGCUCUCGCUCGUCUCUGUGGGGACAGCGUUCUACGCCAUGGUCUACCCCGCGUGGUUCCAGCAACAUUACCGUCGCGACGGUAAGGACGUGUACCAGGGCUACGGGCUCUUUGCCUUCUACUCGACCAGCUCGCUCGAGUCGCCUUUCUACGCGUCGACCACGGUGCUCCAGUAUACCGACUUUUGCGUGACCAAUUACAUAACUCCCAACUAUAUGCUGGGAGACGGCGCGGACUUCCACGACAUCUUGUGUGGCAAGCGAAUGAUGGCAGCACAAGCAACGACCGCAACUGGAGCGGCUGUGUCCGUUGUGGGGCUGCUCACGGCCAUUGGCGCUGUGUUUAGCCCCUCGGCAGGGUACAUGGAGCGCGUCGUGUCUUUCUGCACGCUUGUGGGCUCUCUACUUCUCGCCGUUUCAUUGGUCAUUUGGGGUGCACUACUGCAACAGACUCUGUACGGAAUUGACACCAUCAGUUCCGCCUACACAAGCUGCAAAGCCGACAACACGAAAUGGCACUGUUGGUUCUAUGGCUACAGUUUCUGGGUCUGCCUCGCGUCGGUCAUUAUCCUGUCUAUUACGGGCUAUUUGAGCUCGGCCGGGCGGGCCGAGAAGAUCCGGUACUUUCGCAAAGAGUACGAACGGGACUUGGUCGUUGCCAUGCAGCAAAGUGUCGACCCAGACGUGCACCAGGGGACGCACCAGACGCAAUUUGUACGCACGGGGUCCGUGAAUGGCUUUGGCGUCCAAGCCACGCAACAGUCGUACGGUCAAGCACCGACGCCUGCCCAGAUUAGUGUAAAUUCGGGGCAGCCGUACACCACGCCACAAAACAUGCACGGGGGGCCGAGUAUGGUACCACACAAUAAUGUGUACAGUACCCAAAAUUCGGAUUCGAAACCCGUCGGGUACCCGCAACAGCAGGUGGGCAAUGUACCAUUGGCGGUACCUUCCACAAACGGACUUAGUCGAACAGUCAGUAAUGACAGUGACGCAGUGUACCCGAGCUACAGUGAACAGCGCCGGAACCACUCGCUGCUCGGUCGUCAACCCAGUGGAGGAGUCGUGUGA